UAUUCCAGAAGUUGUCUUACACCAUUUAAAAACUUUUAUGUCUCAAAAGUUAAAUGCACAAACCACUUCGUCAAAACCAAGUCUUCGCCCAUUUUUUUCCAAACAGGCAAGAUCAGAACAGGAAAUUAGGAUGCUUCAAAGUAAUUUAAUGAAAAAGUACAUGAACAAUAAAACCGAUCCAUGUGACGAUUUCUACGAUUACGCUUGCGGAAACUGGAAAAAAUAUUUCAUUAUACCACCAGACAGAACUACAUACGAUACAUUCGAAAUGGUUAGAGAGAAUUUAGACAACGUUAUCAGAGACAUUCUCGACGACAUUGAAGUGCCACCUGUAUCUGAGGAACUUGACCAAAGCUUCAGAAGUGAUCAGUUUGCACGGUCCCUUUUUCAACCUAGUAACCAGCUAAAUCCCACAAGUGCACUAGUAAAGGUCAAACAUUUCUACAUGUCUUGUAUGAAUCAAGAUGUUAUAAACGGUAGGGGAGAUGAACCCUUAAUGAGAAUCAUAAACCAAUUAGGUGGAUGGCCUAUAUUAAAUAAGAAUUGGAAUUUGAAAAAUUUUGAUACUAUUUGGGUACUAGCUCAGUUGAGACUUUUAAACAAUGAUGUUCUAAUUUCGGAAUGGGUUGGCCCAGAUAUGAAAAACUCUAACGAAUAUAUCAUUCAUAUUGAUCAGACAUCCUUAGGAUUACCUUCCAGGGAGUACUACGUGGAUCCUGCCAAUAUAAAAUACUUAAACGCAUACAAAGCGUUCAUAACAGAAAUCGUACACAUACUUGGUGGUCGAAAUGUACAAAAAGACGUAAAUGAAAUAGUGGAUUUUGAAAUCAACUUGGCUGUGAUUAUGUCAUCAUCUGAAGAUAAAAGAAAUGUAUCUGAUGUGUAUCUCAGAACUGAUUUGGAAACACUUCCACUAUAUUUUCCUCAGUUCGAUUGGCACAAAUAUUUUAGCAUAAUCCUGGGGAGAACAGUUAAUCCACAAUAUCCAGUUGCUUGUUAUUGUUCAGAAUACCUACAAAAAUUAACCUAUCGCCUAAGCGUUACGCCUGAAAGAGUGAUACAGAAUUAUAUCCUCUGGAGAUUUAUACGACAUAGAACUAGUAAUUUAGGACACAAAUUCACAGAUGCAAAGCAACGAUUCUACAAUGUGCUUUUCGGUAGAGAAGAAGAACCGCCCAGAUGGACAUUUUGCGUGUCUCAAGCUAACGCUAAUAUGGGAAUGGCUGUGGGCGCAUUGUUUGUGAAGAAGUAUUUCGACAAAGGUAGUAGAAAUGAUACCAUCCACAUGACCGAACAAUUGGAAGCUGCAUUUAGAGAUACUUUGUUGGAAAAUCUUUGGCUAGAUAAUCACACAAAAGAAUAUGCCAGAAUGAAAAUCAAUCAGAUGGAUUUAAAAAUUGGUUUUCCCGAUUUCAUUUUAAAUGAAAAACAACUAGCAGAAAGAUACGACGAUAUACAAAUACAUCCUGAGUACUUUUUUGAGAAUAUUUUAUUAAUUUUACGACACUUAACUAGAUCUGAACAGACACGUAUAGGCAACAAGGUAAACAGGUCUCUUUGGUCCACAUCACCGGCUGUUGUAAACGCCUAUUACAGCAGGAAUAAAAAUCAAAUUUUAUUCCCAGCUGGUAUCUUACAACCACCAUUCUAUCAUAAAUUUUUCCCUAAAGCCCUGAAUUUCGGUGGAAUCGGUGUGGUAAUAGGACACGAGAUCACCCAUGGUUUCGACGAUAAGGGCAGAUUGUUCGACCACGAGGGCAAUCUGCAUCUUUGGUGGCGUGAAGCAUCAAUACAGAAAUUUUAUGCCAAAGCUACUUGUCUCAUAAACCAGUACAGUAGGUUCGUUCUUCCAGAAAUCAACUCAACACUGGAUGGUUUUCUAACACAGGGCGAGAACAUUGCCGACAAUGGGGGCCUUAAACAAGCGUUCCGAGCAUACUCAACAUGGCUUAAAAGUAAUAAUUAUGAGAAUGAAAAACUGCCUGGGAUGGAUUUAAAUGGCAAACAGUUAUUCUUUUUGAAUUUUGCUCAGGUCUGGUGCGGUCAACAACGUCUGGAAGCGGCUAAAAGUCGAAUGAAGACUUCGGUACAUGCGCCUGGUAUUUUUAGAGUGAUUGGAGCGCUUAGCAACUCGGAAGAUUUUGCACGUGCAUACAAUUGCCCUAAAGGCAGUCCCAUGAAUCCUGUCACCAAAUGUACUAUUUGGUAACCCCAAAUGUUAUUAUAUAAGCAUAAAAAAAUCUUAAAAUGGUUCCAAAUAAGUAUGUACAUAAAUUCAAAUGACAAAGAAUGAAUGAGAAUCUGACAAUUGGACAAAUGUUCAACAUACAACAUGAUCACAUCAUAAAAAUGAA